CCGCCAGUGAUACAAACAACCAACACAGGGGUAUGGCGAGGUCAGCAAAACACAGAGCGGGUUUCAUUGGCUGGAGGUGGUUGAGAUUACCCCACAGGCUCUUUAAAAGAGAGUCAGCCCCACAAAUCUGGUGAACAGACACCGGAGCCACACUUAAGAAAUGCUGAACACCUCCAACAGCUCAGCAAUGGAUUACAGCAUGCCCGAUUACAAUCUGAACUUCUCCUUUUGGAAUCAAACGAACGGCUCCGAGCCCGAAGAUUACGACUCGUCCUCCGACUGGUGUGAUGCCGGCGAGAUGGAGGUCUUCAUCAGAAUGUUCCAGACCAGCGUUUUCUGCCUGAUCUUCCCGCUGGGCGUCGUGGGGAACUGCCUGGUCAUGGCCACAUUCGCUCUGUACCGCCGCCUCCGGCUUCGCUCCAUGACCGACGUCUUCCUGUUCCACCUGGCGCUGGCCGACCUCCUGCUGGUCCUCACGCUGCCUCUGCAGGCCGUCGAGACUCACCAGGGUUGGAUCUUCUCGGUUCCCCUCUGCAAGCUGAUGCGAACCUGCUACGCCAUCAACACGUACAGCGGGCUGCUGCUGCUCGCCUGCAUCAGCGUCGACCGCUACAUGGUGGUGGCCCGGGCUCAGGAGAUGCUCCGGCUUCGCAGUCAGAUACUAACAGCCGGGAAGGUGGCAGCUGUCGGGGUUUGGCUCGUCGCAGUGCUCCUGAGUCUGCCCGAAAUCCUCUUCUCUGGGGUGUCGGACGCUUACUGCGGCAUGCAAAUAAGCGGACGAGUCAAGAUGGCCACCAACGGCGCCAUCAUCGCCAUCUUCUGCCUGUCGCUGCUCGUCAUGGUGGCCUGCUACACCUCCAUCGCCUGUGUGCUGUGGGAAGGCCACGCUAACCGGCGAGGGAAGCAGUGGCACCGGCAGCGAACCCUGAAGCUGAUGGUGGCGCUGGUGCUGAUCUUCCUGGUGUUCCAGCUGCCGUACACCGUGGUGCUGUCCCGUAAGAUGGCGGGUCAGUUCUGCGGCCCGGUGCUGGAGUACAUCACCUGCACGCUGGCGUUCGCCCGCUGCUGCCUCAACCCCAUCCUGUACGCGCUGGUCGGCGUUCGCUUCCGGAAGGAUGUGCUGAGGCUCGUCCACGACUCGGGCUGCUCGUGCGGCGGCCAUGUUGGGUCGCAGGCGUCCACCUCCACCUCCGUCUCCAUCUCCAUGUCCUCUCCGGCCUUCACCUCGGCUCCAACGUCUCCUGAACGCAGCUACUCCAGCCAAGACGCCGCCAUUCCCAUCAAGUUUCAGUAUCCAGCAGUGAAAUAAGGUUCCCCAAGUGGACGAUUAACCACUUUUUGAAGAAUCUGGGUCAUGAUGUUUGAAAGUCUUGACUUCAAUGUGUAGUAGAGCUGCAACGAUGCAUCGAUCAGUUGUCGAAUUCACUGACAAUUUUUUUGAUAAUUGAUUAAUCGGUGUAAACAAAGAAACUGGACUUUUGUCUGGCAGGUGACUAAUAAUAUAAAAACACAAAAUAAUAAUAGGAGGCUUCAACUAAUCAAUAUUUUAUCAGCGACUGGCUUCCUGUUAGUUUAACUAUCUGUCCAAAAGCAGCAAAUGUUCACAGUUAGGAUCCUAAAAUCAACAAAUAUUUGGCAUUAGUGGAUGAAAAGUGAAUCAGAUAACGAACUGAUCGGUUCUUAAGCAGAGAAUGUUCAAACCAUUUAGUGAAGUUUAACCAACUGAAUUCACUGCUUAAAUCAUACUGACACCUGUUUUUUUUUUUAACAAACCAAUGAAUUUAUUUCUGUUUAUGUAACUUGCAGUAUUUGACGUCCUCUGUGAUGAACGUGGGCGGUUUGGGUUUAGCUACAAAUGACUUGAAUCAGGAUGGAAAAUACCGACUUAGAAAAAAUAAUCAUCACAAGAGCUGCAACCGUUAAUCUAAUAAUAGUCAAAUUAACCUCCAACUGUUUUGAUAUUCAGUUAUUUAGUUUGAGUAAUUUUUAAAUUAUUUUAAAUUCCAGCUUCUUAAAUUUUCCGUCUUUAAAAGAAAGCUGAAUGUCCACAAACCAACAUAUUUCCAUGACUUCAGUGCUGAUACGAGACAUUUUCAGUGUUUGUGCCCGUACGGUACUUUCUGGUUUAAAAAUGUAAAAAAAACCCAAAACAAACAAAGACAUGAGUUUUUAGUUCAUUAGUUUGGUGACAUUUACCAUCAAAGCUCAACAGAUGUCGCCUCCUCAGCGACCUGAAGGCGUCGUUUUGAGCUCAAGGCCUCAAAAGGGAAAAAAAUUCAGUGUUGGAGGUCAAAAUCCUCAUCGGGGUAGAAAAAGUGGAGGAAACGGUUCCAGGAAUGUGUGUGUUUGGGUUCUUUAGUUCAAUAAGUACGACGUCCACUGUUCGAGCCAAACACGCCUCCCUGUGGCUCUGUAGAUAUUCUGUACAUAGAGACACUGAUGGUAUUUAAAGGCUUUUGCAUUCUCUGAUUAUAUAUUUACAUUGAAAUACAUUUACAUCAAAAUGGUUGACUGAGGCCACAUUUCUAGUUUGCCGUCAGUUAAACAGACAAAUAGAAACACGACUAACUCGUCGCUCUGUUUGUUCGUGUUCAGGUGGAACGAUGGAACUCAUUUUCCACAACAAGCUGAAUUAAUGUAAUUAUCAGCCGACGCCUCGUUUGACUGAAUGGUUGCUUUUAUUAUUAGAUUUAUUUAAAUAUCACAGCGAGCCUGCUGUUCAUUGUAUUUAUUUUAACCUCCCUCCUCUGUAUCCACAGCCACGUGUUUGUUCAGUAGUUCAUAAAAUGUUUACUCGUUUCACAUGUUUACAGCUGAAGUUAAUGUUUUCAGGUGACUGCUGUCGAAGCGCUUCAUUGCUUGUUGGGAAAGUCUUGUGGUUUGAUACCAAUCUCUGGUCGUCAUCCGCCACAGCGGCCUGAAUUAGACACGGGAGUGGCGUUUGGUCACACUUUGUUUGGCCGUUGUGUUGUUCACCAACCGUCAGGUGACAGAGCAGCAGAGUCACUUCAGGGUUUUCUCAACCACAAGCGACCAUAACACAAGCACGAGUGCUUUUUUAUUUUCAAGGAACUGAAAUUCUGUCAAAGGUUAAGGUGCUGUUGCUUCAUGUUUUUUUUUAUUUGUCAAAUAAAAAACCUUUAAGUGAAGGCAGGGCUCCGUUUUGAGGCUUUUCAUAUCGCCAUCUGCUCAGAGGAUUUAGAUGUGACUUCAUGCUCAUUACAUAUAGAUGUAUGUAGUUGCAUAUUUUGCAUAGUAAUUAGGAGCCACUAGACGUUGUGUUUCUGACUCAGCUGUUUGUUUAUUUGCACAGACUUGUAUUUUAUUGUUCUUCUUUAACUGGUUGUGUGGAAACGCCGCCUGCAGCUCAGCCCAACAUUCUCUGACUUUGUGUUACGUGACUGAUUGCGGUCCUCAUUUGUGCGACAGAUUGUUCACUUUUUAUAGAAUCUGAUCGUGAAAAUGUUGUAUUUCUGGCGAUUUUUAAACCAAUAAAGUGAUUUUGAUGAAA